AUGACGGCAGAAGCCACCCGUGUUUGCCGGGUACUGUCAGGUACCCCUCCAGGCCACGUCGGGGUGAUUGCAGGGACGGAUCUACCCACCCUGGCUAGUACCGGACCUUACCCAGCCUAUGUGCCCAUUGGUGUAAAUACACGCGAUGAGCACGAUGUAAAAUACACACUUGAGUUGAACGUGAAUAUUUUUGAUUUCGCGCUAACGCGCUACGCCAUUCAUACUAGCCCUAACGGUUUGAAGGAGGCUUCGUUUGCAGUCCAUUACGAAGACGGUCGACUCCUGAUAAAGCAUGACGUCACGGGUCAGUGGCCCCGCCCUCUUCAACCUGCAGUUGACGUCACGCAACACUGGCCCCAGUUUAUCCAGCCUGCACGUGACCGGCACGAACAGAACGUGGAGGCGUACCGUGACGAGAGGGACAACGUACACCUGCGCGUGCAGCGCCCCAUCCGGAGGAGGGAGGAACUACUGGUGUGGUACAGCGACGACCUGGCUCGGUGUGUGGGGAUCCCAUUCCUCACCCCAGACAACAUCAGAGGAAACCAGGAAUACAUGUGCUCCAAGUGCCGGAAAACCUACAAGUAUCCCAACACCCUGAAAGCCCACAUCAGAUUCCGAUGCGUCAUGAACCAAGCUGACAAAGACAGGUUCACAAAUAUCCCUAUCUCGCCCCUGAGGUCAGUGUUGGGUCUUUCGCGUGUGUGCGACUCCAGGCCCCUCCCACCAGUGGGCGCGUUUCUUCCCAGACGAUGCACAGCGCUGUCUCCGCCAGGGCCAGACAGCUGGUACAGAAUGAGGAGGAAGACAACCCCUCUCCAGCUGUCCGAACUGUCUGCCUUUAAACCCCACAUCACUAAAGGAGAACAGGCGGAAACUGAACCGGACUCCACCGUACAGAGUUCCACUUCUCCGGGCAGUGAUUCGGGAGUUCUGAAUCUGUCGACAGGAGAGCAGAACGCUGCUAACCCCUUGUCUUCGACAGUGUCCGCCAUGCCACUGGCUCUCCAGAUCUGGAAGCCAUUCCACCAACCGGCGAUACCCAUCACCAUGGACGCACUGACGCUGUGUUACCCGUAUUUCGAGAGCAUGCACAAACACAGCAGACUUCUGUGUAGCACUGAACAAACGCCAUCUUUGUCCAGCUUGUCGGCGCGAUCUCUCUCGUCAUAUGAUCGUCUGCUGACCAUACCGGAAACCAACCUCACUUCCGGUACCGGACGACACGGUUACCAUGGUGAUUUUAGCAAAAAUUGUGCUCAUGCGCAUUCGGCAGCCGACCAUGGUUUCGGCUUUCCUCUUCCUUCUGAACAGGAAGGUGAACCGUUAGACCUUCUGCCAAGGUCGUUGUAUUUGAGUAAAUCCAGAAAAGGACACCUGUGUAUAUACUGUGGUAAGCUAUACUCUCGCAAGUAUGGCCUGAAGAUCCACCUCCGUACACACACGGGCUAUAAACCCCUGAAAUGCAAAGUUUGUUUGCGUCCGUUUGGUGACCCCAGCAACUUGAACAAGCACGUGCGCCUGCACGCGGAAGGAGACACGCCAUAUCGGUGUCAGUACUGCGGCAAGGUUCUGGUUAGGAGGCGUGACUUAGAACGUCACGUGAAAUCCCGACACCCGCAGGAGGUGGAGCUAAAUGAGGAGACGAUGAUUGACAGCGUGGACACGACCACGGACAAUGUCGAUUCAGACCAAUCACAGAUUAUUGUGGCGUGACCUAAUUUCGCUGUUUUAAACGUGUACAUAAUAAAAAUAUAUGUAACUUCU